UAUGUAAAAUAAAGCUUGUGAUUGGAUUUGUGUUGAAUGCAGGAAUCUAAAUUAUUCAUUUAGAAAGAUUUGUAAUAGAUGUCAAUAAUGUACAAGAGAUGCACCAGGAACUAGAUUCAUUCCCAACAAAAAUGAUUAGGGAUUAUAAAUACUGGAAACAAUUAAACUUUAACAAAUAGAUUUAGGAGGAAGUAAUCAUAGUUCAACAGAUAGUAAUGAAGAUGAUGAAAAUGGAAUAUUCUCUCAAGCUUUAUUUCUUGAAGAUUUAUCAAAAAAUUCAUAGAGUGUAAAAAAAUCAUUCUCUUUCUUGAAAAAAUGUUAAGUUUGCUUCAAUUAGAACUACUUUUACUAAUAAAAGUGUAGUCAUUGUGGUUAUUCUUCAUUUAAUUGAUU